CCCGCCCUCCUCUCUCGUGCAAAAGCGUCAACGAUUAGUUCGCUCUAAAAAUAUAUAAAACAAAUAAUUUUAAACUUAUUUUCACAGUUUUUCAGUUGAAUAUAUUGCUUCAACAAGGCUGUUUGACUCAUUAAAGCUAGCCUCCCCCAAAAAUAUAUUUCCUGCAACCCUUUUAAUGUGUUGUUAUGGCAACGAGUCCAUCUCCUGUAUGUUGAGGCAAACAUAGAACCAGCUAACGUCAUUAAAUCACCAGCCACAGGUGAGCCAUUCUAAGUCAUUCACCUGCAGAUCAUACAGCCGUCGUCGCAUCCAUGGCCCAUUACAGAGCCUCAGACUCGAAGCGAGAACAAUUUAGAAGAUAUCUCGAAAAAUCUGGUGUCCUUGACACUAUAACCAGCGUUUUAGUGGCACUUUAUGAAGAGACUGACAAACCCAACAAUGCACUGGAUUUCAUAAAGCUUCAGCUCGGUGCGGCUGGUCCAGAGCCAGCGGACGCUGAGGCUCUUCGCAUGGAACUGGCUGACAUGCAACAGAAAUGCAACCUUCUCAUUGGGGAGAACAAAGAGCUGAGAAACAGGCUGAUGCAGUAUGAACCAUCGCCUGACGAGGGGUCAGCGGAGUAGAAAGUAGGGUUUUUUUCAUUGCUUUCUGGGGUAAAAUAAAUAAAUAUAUAUAUACAUAUAUAUUAUUAAAUUAUAAGGGAUGUAGAGUGAAUACAGAAUCACUGUUAUUUUUUGGUAUAUAACAUGAAGGAACUUUUGCUUUGUCAUAAAUAAAAAUGUUUUGGUAUCACUCAUUCUCUUGAUGUACUAAAUUGACAAUUGUUCCUGUUUUCAACCAAAGGGUUCUGCUUACAUAU